AUGUCAACUGAUGAACUAACAGACGUAUUCAAAGAACUUGACACAGAUGGCGACGGACGAAUUAGUGUAGACGAAUUUGCCCGCGGAUUUAAAGAGAUUAAUGGAAACUUAUUACAGAUUUCUCGCGAUCGCAGGAGAAAAAGCCUUGCAGAACUUAUGGAAGAAGAGGAUUUAGAUAGAGAUUCAUCAUACACAGAUUUUGUUGGUUCACUUGAAGAAGGUUUCCAGUGUUUAUCGUGUCAGGAUAAAGUCUGUGAACUUUAUGAGUUUCUACAUGGAACGGGAAAUACAGACGUUGUAAGUAAAUUAGAAGCUGUUAUCAUCAACGUCAUUAAUGACAUCCGGGCCUAUAAACGAGAUGGAGAAAGACUUGAAGCACUAUUCCAAAGGGAGAAGGACCACUACGAUCGACUGUCCCGGCAACUUGAAGAAGAACUUGAAUGUCAGAUGCAAAAAACAGAAGAACGAGUUCGGCAAGAGGAACAACAGAAAAGUGAAAUGGAGAAAAUAGAAUUGAGGAAAAAUUUAGAAAAUGAAAUGUUGCAGCUACGAGAAAAUUUUAAACAUUUAGAACAAGAAAACAUUACAAAGCGGGAACGGAAUUAUGAGGAUCAAAUGACAUCAUUGCGACUUAGGGUGGAUGAAUUGUUACAAGAGAACCGACAGCUAAAAAGCGAUGUGACUGAUUCACAGACUAACUUAGCACUGCUUCGCAGUGAGUUAGCCACACUUCGCCAGGAAUACGAAGACAAAUGCCAUGAAUUGAAAAUGGAGAAAGAUACUAUGAUGGAUUUUAUUAAAGAACAGGACAAUUUAACCCGGCAGUUACAUUUAUUACAUGACGCAAAUAAAAAAUUGCACGACACAAAUGAUGAUUUAAGGGAAGCUUUGGAUACCAAUCGUCAGUCAUCCGCUCAUAAAAGAUCCUAUUCAUCUGGAUCUCCAGUAUUUCCUAUUUCCAUCAAUGGGAAGAAGAAUACAGAAAACCGACCUGAAAGUCCACUUGUUGGGCAACCAUCCCGAGCUGCUACUUCGCUUGCCGAGGAAGUCGUCAUAGCGGAAGCACUAGCAAGAAGACCAAAUCUGUUCCACAGAGUGCGUAAAGGCAGUUAUGAAGAGGAUAGCAUUACUGAAGACAUUGAUAGUGGCCAUUCAACAAUCCGUGAUGCAUGUGAUGUGGAUACAGAGUCUGAGUGUGCAAGUCCCAAUUGCGAUUUGAGAAAGGGACGUCGAUACAAACGAGCUCGACCGACAUAUGAAGAACAAGAAUCCCACGAUGAAAUGGAUACAGAAACUGAAAUUCAGACGGACGACCAAGACACAAAUUUAUUCAAAGUAGCCAGCCGGUAUUCUGGUUCAGCAGGCAGUUGUGGUUCGAAUCGCAGCUUACGCAGCCUUGGUAGAGAUACAAAUAAUGAAUUCACAAAUUCAGUUCAGCUACAGUCACCUUCGCGGACUAUUCGUAGAGGAAACAACACUCAACAAGAGGUACUGAAUACAAAGACUAUGAAGGAUCCAGAACGAAUGUACAAAGUUGUAUUGGCUGGAGACGCCGCAGUCGGCAAAUCGAGUUUCAUAAUGAGGUUGUGCAAAGGAAAAUUUGUUAAUAAUCUAAGUUCAACAUUAGGUGUUGAUUUUCAGACAAAGAUCGUAAACGUUGAUGGUCAUACAAUUGCUUUGCAACUUUGGGAUACAGCCGGCCAAGAAAGAUUUCGUAGCAUUGCCAAAUCCUACUUCAGGCGAGCUGAUGGCGUAUUGCUAUUAUACGACUGUACUUAUGAAAGAUCUUUUUUGAAUGUCCGAGAAUGGGUCGAAGCGGUAGAGAAUGGAGCCCAAAAGCGUCUUCCAAUUAUGCUUUGCGCGAACAAGACUGACCUUAGAUCGGAAAUGGAGACACUAGGGCGUCGUGUAGUUAAAUUUGAAGACGGACAAAGGUUAUCUAGAACUUUCGAAGGAUUGUUCAUAGAAACAAGUGCCAAAGAUGGAAAUAACAUCAAUGAAGCAGUUCUGGAACUAACAAGGCUCUUGCGUACUAAUGAGGAUAUUGAAGUUCGUUCUGUUGGCAUGCGUCUAUAUGAAAUGAGAAAUGAUCAUGGGAAGAAGGCCAGUGGGUGUUACUCGACUGAAAUUGGUUCAGCUUGUCGGGGAUAUCCUCUUACACCUGCCGUACUCACCUGA